AUGAGGUGGCUCAGUCUUCUUGGACUGGCCGCAGCCGAGACAGGCUUUGCACCUCCGGACCGCGCGCCUGCCCGAAUUGUCACCAAAAAUGAAAAAAUACAGGUUCCGAUUGGCCGAUCAAGCCCCUUAUGGCCCCAUCUACAAAUUUCUGCGGAAGGAGGGAACACGUGCGAAGUUCGCGUCCUCCCCUCUCCCAUCGAACAGGUUGUUGGAGAAUUGAACGUCGAUCGCUUCCCAUGCGAUUUCACCGAAGAUGAAGUAUUUUACCAGCAUUACGGGCGAGCAGAGCCCAGAAGCGACAGGAUAUCUUUACAAGUUCAUUAUGAAACGAGGACGACGAAGAAAAUUUUACCACUUCAAAUCGAAAUUGAAGUCUUGCUGACGCCGCACGAUUUGAUUAAAGAUUUUAAUGACUUAGAAGUAACACGACUCGCCGGAGAAUCCAAAGCAAUCGACUCCACCAUCCUCAAAAUCGACUUCGACCCGACAAAAUCGAUCACCUCCUUCAUCUCCUCCGAUGAUUACAGUUACUCCGACAGUACCGAGCUCGAAUGCUUCGUCACAAUUCCCGAGGCAUACCGCCCAACAGAGCGAGUUUACAUCGACAAUCAAGAAUUGCUCGGCGAAGUUUAUCCAAUUUUCGAAGGAUCGCCGCCCUUCGACCGGCGUUUUUUGUCUGAUAAUCCGAAAAUUGGAAUCUGGCCCAAAUACGGAAAAUUGGCCUACGCUCCUGUCAGAUCUACCUGCGACGAUUUUGUUAAUUCCGGCAUCUAUUACAGGCAUUCUGGCGCUACUGGCACUCCUGACAAGGAUCAUCAACCGCUUCUGAUCGAGAUUGAAGACAAGUCCGGCUUCGUUCACGAGCGAGAAUGGUUCGACCUCCAGAUCAACAUUCGCGCUGCUGCGAAAAACGAGCCGCCAAAUGUCGAUCCUCAAGCGGAGUUGAAACUCUACGUCGAUCAAUUUAUCCUUACUGCCCUGACACGAGACGUUCUAUUCGGAAAAGACUACGAAACAGACGAAAGACUACUUGUCGUGGAAUUUGAUGAUCAACCGAAAUCCGGCUUCUUUGUUUCCACUGAUGAUCGAACGAGACCAAUUCUGAGCUUUUACCAAUCGGAACUGCUUGACAACAAAAUUGCCUUCCAACCUCCAGCGGCCGAUUCUGCCUUUGACCGACUCCUUUCUGUCAAUUUCCGGAUCCACGACGAAGAUGGAGGAACCUCUCCUUGGGUCCCUUUCUACAUCAAAAUCCAGGCGAUGGAGAAUGACACACCAUUCGCCAUGGAAAACAAUGGUCUCAUUCUUUACGAAGGAAGUCGUCGAUGCAUCGGUCCGGAUGAAUUAAAAUUGACAGACAAAGACACUCCAACGGGAAAUUUGAAUCUUCGUGUCCUUGAUGGAACCAAGCACGGCCAAAUUUUUGUUGGACCAAUGGCGAUUGACAUGUUCUCCGGAAGCGACAUUGAAUCAUGCUCGGUUGUCUAUCAGCACGAUGAUUCUGAUACAUUUGUUGACAACAUUAUUAUGGAAAUUUCGGAUGGAGAAAGCUCGAUUGAAAUUCUUUUCCCUAUCUGGAUCGUUCCAAUCGAUGAUCAACCUCCUCAGAUCAUCAAGAAUCUCGGCGCUGAAAUUUACAAGAAUUCCAAUGUCACGAUUGACCUCGAAGAUGUCGAUAUUGACAGCAAUGGCCCCACUCUUUACACUCUUCAGAAUCCUCUCACCAAAGGAGAAUUGUUCGUCCUCAACGAUGAGGGGCAAUGGACUGUCACAAGAACCUUCACAUCCGAGCAAGUGCAGAGAAAGCAGGUCGAGUACAUGCACAACGCAGGAGUAAACCAACUGAAUGUUGAAAUCGAAGAGCUCGAAUUGACAGCAUCAGACAUUCGGGGCAACACAGGCUUGUCAUUCAACUACACAAUUUUCAUCCACCCACGUGAUGAUGAUCCACCCCGCUGCAAUUUCUACCCCUGUACUCUUGGAAUGAGGGUGAAUGAGUACGAAACAGCGCCGCUUCGAAAAUCAAAUUUCAACUUUGUCGAUAAUGUAUCUCCACCAGAAGAAGUUGUGAUUGACAUCACGACAAAACCUCACGAUGUCGCUACCGGCCAAUCAAUGGGUCGCCUUCUCUGGGCAGAUACAAACCAGGAGGUUCAGCAAUUCACCCAGCAAAUGGUCAACCAUUUGAAAAUCGUCUACGAAGCUCCGAACCGAGAUUUGGGGCUUGUCCGCCGCGUUGUCCAGUUUAACUAUCACGUGUCCGACGCCAUGCAAAAUACACUCUAUGAUCAGAGCUUCACCAUCGAACUCAUGCCAAUGGACAACGCCGAGCCGGUCGUUACCAACAUGGGCCUGCAGGUGAUGCAGGGCGAGUCUGUGACCGUGACGCAAGAUAAAUUGGACGUAACGGAUAUGGACACUGCCGAUGAGAUCCUAGCAUUUAUGCUGCUCGAGGAGCCUGCUCACGGAGAGCUGCGAAUCGCAGAUAUAAAGAUUGAAGUUGGAUCAGAAUUUUUCAAGCUUGAUAUUGUCGCUGGUGACAUUUCAUAUGCAAACAACGGUGAUGAUGAUAUUUCAGACAUCAUUCGACUCGAAGUAACCGACGGUAUGCACUCCUUCCCUGUGAAUGUCGACGUUGUCGUCAUCCCUCGUCCCGUGAUUCCAGAGCCAACUCAGCGAAACCCGUCUGAAACUACUCUUGUCGUUCCUGAAAGAUCCCAAACCGAGCUGACCCUCGCUAAAUAUUUCUUGGGACCACCAGAAGCUGCUGACAAGGACCUCUCAUUUACAAUUGUCAAGCAGCCUGAGAAGGGCCAGUUGCUGAAAGAUGGCCUUGCUCUGCCAGCAAUGACCCAGCCGGUAACAACCGCUGAUUUGGCGAAUGGACGAGUCGUGUACCAGCACAACAACCAAGAAAUUGGACCAGAAGAGGUGCAAGAUCUCUUCAUUCUUCAGGCUCAAGACAUUCACGGAAGAGCAGAAAGUAUGGAAAUCAUAACUCAUGUUCGUAUCAUCCCUGUCGACAAUCAGUUCCCACUUGUCACUGUCCUUCAAAGCAUAACUGUCGAUGAAGGAAGCAAGAGCUCCGUGAAUCCAUCGCACUUGGAGAUCAAUGAUGCAGAUACGAGCCCAGAAGAUAUUAUUUGCCGAAUCGACCCGCAGCCAGAAUUUGGUUUCCUUGAGAACAUCUCUCCUCUCCCCGGCAGCGAGAAAUCAAGAGCGGGAGAAGCCAUCACCGAUUUCCGAGCAGCCGAUCUUCCUAACGAGUUUAUCAACUACGUCCAAUCCAUUCACAAGGGAUACGAGCCGACUGCGGAUGAAUUUUGGAUCCGUUGCAGAGACAAGCAGAAUAAUGAGAGCAUCCAGAAGAAGAUCACUGUGAUCAUCAAUCCUGUCAACGACGAGGAACCAAAAAUUGAAUACUCGAGAUGGAGAGUUCGCGAAGGCGAUAUUCUCAAUUUGGACGAAAGCAUUUUGAAUUGCCGCGACCUUGACAUUCCUUUCGACGAAUUAACCUUCAUCGUCACUUCUCCACCGAAAUUUGGAAAGAUAAUUUACCUCGGAAUGAACACCCUUGAAUCGACAGAAUCGAUCGACUCCUUCACUUGUGAGCAGCUCAAGGCUCAUGAAAUCGCUUUCGAACAUGACGAUUCUGAAAACUUCGAAGACUCGAUCAAGCUUCAGUUAACUGAUGGAAAACAUGUGACUGACGAGACUAUCCCAAUUGAUAUUAUCCCUGUGGAUGAUGAGACGCCAAGAGUUGAGAUCAACAGAGGACUUCAAAUGGCUCAUGAAGAUAGAAGCGCUAGAAUCGGAGCUGAUAUUUUGAAGGUAACUGACUUGGACAGUGUAGAUGAAGACCUCAUGAUCAUCAUCACUCAUCCACCUCGACUUGGAACUCUAAGAAUGGACGAUGGAAGUCCCGACGGUCGAUAUCUCUCAGAAGGAGAUGUAUUCGAAAUGCGCCGACUUUGGGAAAAUCGAGUGAUUUACAAACGUGGAGAAGACGCCCUGUCGCCGGCGGACUAUUUUAGUGACUUUACGUCAUCUUCAACAACGGAUUCGCUUCAAUCGCUUGAUGAACAGCGAGACUACUUCGUUUUCGAAGUCACCGAUGGUCUCAAUCGACUUAUUGACAGAAAAUUCUUCAUCCAAAUCGAGUCUGGGGACAAAUUGUACCCAAUGGUCUUCAAUGAGGGACUUACUCUUCCUGAAGAUGGACGAAGAACGAUCACUACUGAUCUUCUUCAGGCCUCAGACUUGAAUUCCAACGAUUUGGAUCUGAUCUUCAAGGUGAACAAAAUGCCGAUCAAGGGCCAUCUUGAGUCUACUGACAGCCCCGGCAAGAAAAGAACGACAUUCACGAUGCGAGAACUGGUCGGUUCAAAGAUUCGAUACGUUCACACGGCAGAUGAUGAGAUUCGAAUGGACGCUUUUGAAUUUUCCGUGACUGAUGGAACGAAUACUGUUUACCGAACAUUCCGUGUAAAUAUUCUGCCCAUUGAUAACAAGCUUCCAGUGGUCAAAGUCGACGGAAUCAGACUGAAUGAAGGCGCUGAGAAACUUAUUUCUCCCUUUGAAGUUUCCAUCGAAGACCAAGAUACUGAUGAUUCGCAAGUUCGAGUCACAAUCGUUGGUGACCCAAUCCAUGGAAGUCUCAAUUUUGACGGAUCUUUUAUCGCAUCUGAGUUCACUCUUGCGGAUUUGAAGAACAACAAGAUCACCUACAAACAUGACGGCAGCGAAAGCACGAAAGACCAAUUCCGAUUCCUUGUUACCGACGGCACUCACGAUGACUUCUAUUUGUUCCCUGAACUCAAAGACACUCAUCGUGGAGCGGUGACUUUCCCCAUCGACAUUGUCCCAGUUGAUGAUGAAAUUCCAAAACUCGUGGUGAACAAACCCGGUUCUUACGUCGAGCAAAACGCGGACGGAACCAAAACCUUCACAAUAACAAAGAAGCAUCUAAGAGCCACAGACAGAGACAGUUUCAAUCCAGACCUCAAAUACCAGAUCAAAGAACUCCCAAGACAUGGCCGAAUUCUCAAGGCUCUUCCUGCGCAAGUUCCUCAAGAAGUCGAUUACUUCACACAAAAAGAUAUUGAUGACAAGGCAAUCCGAUACGCUCUUGACGAUGAUGUCCAAGAAACAGAGGACUUUAUCAUUUUCGAUUUGGUCGACCAAGGUGGAAACAAGCGAGAAGAUCUGAAAUUUAUCUGCCGCUGGAGUUUCACCUCACUUGCCAAGGAAAUGAUCACUGUCGACGAAGCUGACAAAGAACUCAUUGUCACCGUUUCUAGAAGAGGCUAUCUCGGUGAGACAGCCUUCGUCAGUGUCAAUACGAUCGAUGUUCUUGCUGAAAAACUCCUGGAUUUCAAGAACGAAGCUAUUUCUUCGAACCAAGUUCAGCUUAAUCCAGGGCAAACCGAUGCAGUCUGGAAGAUUCGCAUUCUCGACGACGACAUUUAUGAAGAAGCCGAAAACUUCGAGGUUCAACUUUCUGAUCCAAUCAUGACAAUUAUCGAGGAACCUUCACGAGCGACAGUCGAAAUUAUCGACCCAGAUGAUGAAUCGACCGUUUUCCUUCCUGAACCACAAAUUGAUACUGUCGAGAAUGUCGGUAUCCUUCGAGUUCCCAUCCAACGAGUUGGCGAUGUUUCGAUGGAACUAGCCGUCAUUUGCAGCACUGUUUCUGGUUCAGCCGGCGGAACUGGGCCAAUCCCACUUGAAUCGUAUUUCGACUUCAUUUCUCGACCGGAAUCGCACCAAAGCGUCAUUAGAUUCGGUCCUGGUCAGAAGGAAGCUUUCUGCGAAAUCACAAUCAUUGAUGACUCGCUUUACGAGCCAGAAGAAAACUUUACAGUCGUCUUGUCUCAACCAACCGGUGGUCGAAUCGACGAAGAAAUGAAUGAAACAAAAGUGGUUAUUCUCAAGGACCCCGCUGAUACUCCAGUUGUCAAAUUUAACGUAAAACAUAUCGAUGUUGAGGAAAACGUCGGACAAGUAGAAUUCCAAGUCCUCCGAAGCGGAUCCGAUCUGACCGGAGAAUCGUCGGUCAUUGUUCGCUCUCGAUCUCCAAAUAUCCCUACCUCUCUUGCAAGUGCAAAUAGAAGACGAAGAUCUGCUGAUGACAUCAUUGCUGAUUUAAAAUAUCACGCAGCCGAGGCCGGAUCUGACUACGUAGCAAUCAGCAAGGUCGUAACUUUUGAGCCGGAAGCAGUGAGCGCCACCGUUACUGUAACAAUCUUAGAUGAUCUAGGCAACCCAGUCAUGGAAGGACUCGAACAAUUCGAAGUGUAUUUGAGCAUGCCUGAGGACUGUGCUAUCGGACAGCCAAAUGAAAUGAAGAUUACUAUCGAUGACCGAGAGGACGACAAGCCCUCUGUCGAAUUCCAAAAGCCAGAUGUAGAAGUUUCGGAGAGCGAAGCCCACGCAACCGCUCUGAUCAUCCGGCAAGGAGACUUGAACCAGGAAACGACUGUCCGCUGCUACACCCGGCAAAUUGGAGCUCAAGUGGCUAAGGAUUACAUUGAGCGACCAAACACCGAUGUUUCCAUCGUUCGAUUUGUCCCUGGACAAACUGUCGCAAAAUGCGAUGUCGAGCUCGUUAAUGACGAGAGCUUCGAAUCCACUGAAGAUUUUCGACUUGUUCUCGGAACUCCUCUCUCGCCAGUCGGAGCAAAACUUGGUGAGCGAUUUGACACCCUCGUGAAAAUCAAGGAUGAUGGAGACCAGCCAACUGUUGGCUUCGAAAAGCCACUGUACGAGGUUGUCGAGCCAGCGGAAGGAAAUACCCAGCGAUUGAGAAUCUGCGUCGUCAGAACUGGUGAUCUUGCUGGCGAACUCGAGCUCCGGAUACAUACUAAGGAUGGCAAUGCCGAUUCUGGACUUGACUACAUUCCGCUCUCGAAAAUGAUCAAAAUUGAACGGGACGAUGACAAGUGCUGUUUCGAAGUUGACAUUCUCCACGACAAGAGAAAAGAAAUCAGGGAAAGCUUUACCGUUUGGAUCAAGGAUCCCAUCCCAGAAAAUGGCGUCGAUCCGGAGAUAAUUCAGCCCCGAACAAUUGUUUACAUAAAGCAGCGAGAUAUCCUCGCGGACGUUACAUUCCCGACGAGUCCUAAAGUCAUCAGCUUGGCUGAUUACGAUAAGUUGAAGAAUGCCGCGGCUACUGUUCCAGAGCCAAAGAGUGGAUACCCCGUCGUUUGUGUCACCCCUUGCGACCCGAAAUCUGACGUCUUUGAAGAAGUCCAAAGCCUCUGCGAAGACGAGCAGAUUGACAAUGAAAUGACUGAGUACAGAUGGCAAGUCAGCGCGCCAAGCGACGAAAACGGAGCCACUCAUCCUCUUCAGGACGUGUCUGCAACAACUUUUAUGACGACAGUUAAUCGAAUCACACUUGACUCAAUUUACUUUGGCGUCGGUUCUCGAAUCCAGUGCCACGCAAGAGCUGUCAAAAAUAAUGGCGAGCCGGGACGAGAGUCUGCUUCUGAAGUUGUCAAGAUUUCUAACGAAGGAAUUUGUCCUCCAAGACAAGAAGGUGUCAUGGGAGCUGAUCCAUUCAGCGCUAAAAUCCGAUACAUCGACGGAGACGACGAACAUCAUCCAAACACCAUCAAGGUCUCUGUGAUUCUACCUCACACUGAUGGCAUUAUUCCUCUUAUCUCGACAAAACAGCUUACCAACUUUGAAUUCACAAUGUCUGAAGAUUCCACCCGAAGCUCACAGCAUAGUGGGUUCCUCGCACAAAUGCAUAGUUGCUCAAAUUUGCUUCUUCCGCGAGAAGUGCGUACUAAUUUUGGCUUCCUGACAAAUGCUACCUCCAAUCCCAAAAUCUACUCUGACAACGACCUGAUGCCUUACCAGUUCGAUCGAAACCUACGAUCUGAGCGAACUCUUCAAUUCUAUAAAAACCUCAAUCUCGAAGCAUGUAUUUGGGAGUUCGAGUCAUGGUACGACAUGUCUGAGCUUCAGCAAGCUUGUGGAGGCGAAAUCACAACAGAUGGACAGGUCUUGAACUUGAUUCAUUCGUAUGUUACUCUGUCGGUGCCGCUGUAUGUUUCGUACAUUUCCCACUCGCCGACGAGAAUUCCAUGGAGACAUUUCGACCUCGAGACAAAUUUGCGAUUGACUUUCGUUUAUGACACCGCAAAAAUGUGGACGGACGGAAUCGGCACUCCUCCAGAGUCGACUCUACCAGGCACUUUCUACCCAACGUCGAUGAAAAUCAGACCUGAUGGCCGACUCGUUGUCCGAUUCAAGACUGUAGCUCGAUUCACUGGAAUGUUUGUCCUGGAACAUCCUGGAAGCGAGGAUGAUCCUGAUGUAGGAUACACCGCUGCUGAAUCGACGGUUACAUCUGUCCAGCACCCUGAAUUGAGCUUUACUCUGAAUCUCAUUCGAUCCGAUAAGACCUACAGUACUCCCGAGCAGCAAUGGAGCUUCGUGUCGAACUAUGCUAUCACGGAUUACUCUGGCGACUACAAGAUUUCACUGAUUCCUUGCACAGUUUCGCAUGAUCAGACUUAUUCCGAUCCUCCUAAGUGCAAUCCGAGGGAGCCAGUCGAAUUCGCCCUUCCUCUCCGUGCCCAACAAGUCUCCGAUCCAGUUGCUGAACAAUUCUCCUUGAACACUACUUUCUCGCUUCUCUCCAAGAAAGAUCUUUGGACUGCCGACUCGGCCAUCCAAGUCACUGAGAGCUCUGAUGUUGCUUUCCCAGAAGGUGCGCAAAUUUAUGGGCGAGUCCAAGUCGAUCCCGUCCAGUCUCUUGGCGAAGGAUUUACCGUCAACAUCGAAAAAGUCUUCUUGUGCUCCGGAUCUGAAGGAUACAUUCCCAAAUACAACCCAGCAAACAGCGAAUAUGGAUGUCUAGCUGACUCUCACCUCCUUCUUUACCGAUUCAAAGUCAUCGAUAAAGAGCAGCCAGACACAGAAGAUGACAACUUGAACUCAGUUCCCUUCAAUGCUGUUUUGGCCGUCGAUGAUCCUUCGGCUAAAGGAUUGACCGAGCAGCCAGGAUCUGAUGGUUUCAGAAUGGAUUCUACUCCGCUUUUUCAGGUGAAUGUCGGGGCAGAAUGGUACCUCCACACAAUUUACACCGUCCGAUCUUCGACUAAACGAGUCCGACGACACUCAAUUGUUCGACGAGCUGCCUCACCCGAAGACAUCGGAAUCGGCUUCGAUCGAGGAACCAACAUGAUGCCAAUUCGUCUGAUGUCAGAAGAAGCAUUUGAAGAAAUGGAGACUCAAAAGGCGCAAUUUAACUGGAUGAUUAUCCUGGCUGCUGGCGGUAUCUUGUUUAUUGCGAUCUUUGUCCUCGUUGUCUUCCGAAGAAGAAAUGAUGGAAAUUAUCCGACAACUGGUUAUGCCCAGGCCAGAUCGAAUUCUGAUGCUUUCAAGCCAAUUGUCAGGCCACAUGAAGGAUCAAGCUCAUCAAACUCCUCGAUACCAUCUGGUACCGAAGUCUAG